CUUAUGCAUUCCCGGGUAAGGGCGUUACUUGCACGCGCCGCCAGCAAAUCCGCCGCUCUUUCUUCAACUUUGUAUUUACGGAACUCCCGAGUUGUAGCUGUCACCGACUACACCGCCUUUGCCAAUGGAUAUAGAUGGGAUUGCGAAUACCACUCUCCGUCAUCACCAGAGGCGGAUAUGUAUGUGUGGAAAUGGAAGCUCAGCGCGUUGUUACUAAAUGAUAAAGAUCAAGAGAUCAUUUAUCGUGAUAAGAGAGAUGAGUGUCACUUGGAACUAAUAUCCGGCCUUGCCAAACACAUGGGGCUUUACUGUCAACGAUAUGGGGAAGCGAUUGUGGCCAGCAAGGUCCCUCUUCCCAACUAUAGGCCUGAUCUGGAUGAUAUGCGGCCUCAGAGGGAGGUUGUCAUCCCAUUGAGCGUGCAAAGCAGGGUUGAGAGUUUGCUUCAGGAACAUCUUGAUAGAACAAGCUUAAACUCCAAAAAGGGCGGUCAGAUUUCAAACGAAAUGGAGUCCAGCAAUCCAGUUGAAAAUGCUGAUACUGCUGAACAUGCAGACCCAUUUCUUGAUGCUUCUGUCAUGGAGAAGGUUUUGCAAAGACGGAGCUUGCGAUUGCGUAAUAUGCAAAGAACUUGGCAGGAAUCAUCUGAAGGAAGACGAAUGCUGGAUUUUAGGAAAUCCCUCCCUGCAUUUAGGGAGAAGGAAAGGCUCCUUCAAGAAAUUGUGACGAAUCAGGUUGUGGUGAUUUCUGGAGAGACUGGUUGUGGUAAGACCACUCAACUCCCUCAAUAUAUUUUGGAGGCAAAUAUAGAGUCUGGCAGGGGAGCGUUUUGUAACAUAAUCUGCACACAGCCCCGAAGAAUAUCAGCAAUGACUGUUGCAGAAAGAGUUUCUGCUGAGCGGGGAGAACCUCUUGGUGAAUCAAUUGGAUAUAAAGUGCGAUUAGAGGGAACGAAAGGCAAGAAUACACAUUUGCUUUUCUGUACCACUGGAAUUUUGCUCCGAAGGCUCUUGAGCGAUAGAAACCUAGAUGGUGUAACUCAUAUUUUUGUUGAUGAAAUUCAUGAGCGAGGCAUGAAUGAAGAUUUCUUGUUGAUUGUCUUGAAGGAUCUUCUUCCACGUCAACGGGAUUUGAGAUUAAUCUUGAUGAGUGCCACUCUGAAUGCUGAUCUAUUUUCUAAUUAUUUCGGUGGAGCACCUAUGAUUCAUAUUCCGGGCUUCACUUAUCCCGUGAGAGUCUGUUUUCUGGAAGAUAUACUGGAAAUGACGGGAUAUGAGAUAACUUUAUCCAACCAAUUAGAUGAUCAUGCCCAAGAGAAGCUUCGGAAGACACAAAGACAACUUGCACCACAGAAAAGAAUAAAUCAAAUUACCACUCUUGCUGAGGAUGCUAUGAGUAAAGCAAAUUUUGAAAACUAUAGCUCUAGAGUACAAGAGUCGUUAUGGUACUGGAUACCGGACUUUGUUGGGUUCAACCUCUUAAAGGCUGUACUGUGCCACAUAACUCGCAAGGAACGCCUUGGGUCUGUGUUGGUAUUUAUGACCGGGUGGGAGGAUAUUAGUUGUUUGAAGAAUCAAUUAAAAGCUCACCCUCUCUUAGGUGAUCCGAAUAGGGUCCUGCUGCUUACAUGCCAUGGCUCAAUGGAAACUUCUGAACAGAAACUCAUAUUUGAGAGGCCACCUCCCAACGUACGCAAAAUAGUGCUUGCUACGAAUAUAGCUGAGGCAAGUAUUACAAUCAAUGACAUAGUUUUUGUCGUCGACUGUGGAAAAGCAAAGGAAACAACUUAUGAUGCUCUAAAUAACACACCGUGUCUACUACCUUCAUGGAUAUCCCAAGCUUCUGCUCGGCAAAGAAGGGGUAGGGCUGGGCGUGUACAGCCAGGUGAGUGCUACCACCUGUAUCCACGAUGUUUGUAUGAUGCUUUUGCUGAAUAUCAACUCCCUGAACUUUUAAGAACUCCAUUGAACUCUCUCUGCUUGCAAAUUAAAAGCUUACAAGUUGAAAGUAUUGGGGAUUUUAUCUCUGCUUCUCUUCAGCCACCUGAACCACUGGCUGUUCAAAAUGCUGUUGAUUAUUUGAAGAUGAUUGGUGCUUUAGAUGAAAAUGAGAAGCUUACUCAUCUUGGAAAGUUCUUGUCUGUGCUUCCGGUGGAUCCCAAUCUGGGGAAAAUGCUAAUCAUGGGUGCUAUCUAUUGCUGCAUUGAUCCUAUACUGACAAUUGUCGCUGGUCUCAGUGCCCGGGAUCCUUUUCUUUUGCCUCGAGAUAAAAAUGAUUCUGGAUCGGCCAAGCUGAGAUUCUCAGCAGAGGACUAUAGUGAUCAUAUAGCACUUGUUCGUGCAUAUGAUGGAUGGAAAAAUGCUAAAAGAAAAGGAUCAGCACGCAAGUAUUGUGGGAGAAACUUCCUCUCCCGCCAAACUCUGCAAGCUAUCCAUUCUCUUCGUAAACAAUUCACUAACAUCUUGAAAGAUGCUGGGUUGCUUGAUACAGAUGCACCAACUAAUAACAGACUAAGUCACAAUCAUUCGUUGGUUUGUGGUGUAAUAUGUUCUGGCUUAUUUCCUGGCAUCGUGUCUGUAGUGCCUCAGAACGGUACAAUGUCUUUCAAAACAAUGGUUGAUGGGCCGGUCUUUCUCAAUGCGAAUUCUGUGAAUGCACGAGAUGAUACGAUACAAUACCCAUGGUUGGUAUUUGGUGAGAAGGUCAAAGUCCAUAACGUUUUCAUACGCGAUUCAACUGGAGUAUCUGAUUCUAUUCUUCUCCUGUUCGGUGGUAAACUGGAGUGCGGUGCUACGGGAGGACAUCUGCAAAUGUUGGAAGGAUACAUCGAAUUCUUCAUGUGCCCGAGCUUAGCAGAGUGCUAUCUGAAACUCAAGGAGGAGGCAGAUAAACUAUUAGUACAGAAGCUCGAACAUCCCAGCAUGGACAUCCACAAGGAAGGCAAGUACCUAAUGCUUGCCAUCCAGGAGCUAUUGUCGGGCGACCAGUGUGAAGGGAGGUUCGUCUUUGGUCGUUACAGCAAGAAACCCACCGAAUCCCACCACAAAGAGAGGUACACGGGCUUGCUUCAGACACUGAUGAUGGGAGACGGCCCAUUAUCUCCCAAGUACAAAACCAAGCAUAUCAAAACAAAAGAAUACCGGGCGCUGGCCGAGUUCAAGGCCAAUGCAGUUAGUAGGGAAACCGAAGAAAAACAAGCACUAUCGGAGAAAGAUGGUGACGUAUUGGCAUGGUUAACCCGAACAUCCGAGAAUAGUCAUGUCAAAGAUUUCAAUUCUCCGCUUGAUGUCACGGACAUAAAAGCGCAUUCCACGUUAAGGAAGUAAGUUCAUCUCGAUCUCGGAGGUAGCGUACUGCGUAUAUGAUAGUCCCGGCUUCUCGUUGUAAAUAACGUUCUCGUAAAGCUCGGGCCGUGAGCAGCCGUUAGAUAUGUAUAUGCAGAUCUUGGCAAUUAGAUCUUUUGGAAAGGUUAGAUGCUGAGUUUUGAAAAAUAGUAGUAACAUAUUGGAAUGGAUAGAAUUGAAAAAAUAGGUAGAAAUGAGGGAUAAAGUAGUCUAAUAUUAGUUGGAGAGGAAACUUCGUACCAAUCAAACUGCGUUCCUAGUCUGAUAAAGUAGCGUUUGGGAGUGUAGUUUAAUUUAGUUUUUAUUGCAUAGUAAUGAUUAAUUGAGUUAAUAUAUUUUCUGAUACUUUUUUCUUUUGAGGAUA